AUGCCUGCCGCUCUGAGGGCGUUGAUAUGGCGCGUGAUUUAGAUUAUAAAUCUGCCGCUGCUUGGGUUGGUCAUCCAUAUUUCGAUGUAAUCGAUAAUUCGACAAAUUUCGAAACCAAAAUGAAUCGCCUAAUUGAGGCCGUAUGCCAAAAAGUUGGUAUCGAUAUUGGUGAUCGUCUACUUGCCACAUCAAGAAAACUCAAAUUUCUUGUUGCUUCAUUACCACCCGACUCUGAAUUUCCACCGUUUCAAGACUUCGAUGUUGUACAUCACUACUUGCAAUCCUCAGGACCAAAAGUACAAGCGCGUUUGCGCAAACGUGGCCAAAAGAAUCAUUGGAGCUACAUCCAUACAAUACGCCGUCCCAAUGUCCAUGGACAGUCGCGCAUCGAGGUGAAGACACAACUAACACAUCGCGACUAUAUGAAUUUGUUGGCGCAACGUGACGAUGCACAUUUCACCAUCUACAAGAAGCGUCGUUGUUUCCUCAUCAAUAAUCAAUAUUUCCAAUUGGAUAUUUACAAAGAGCCAAGCCAUCCACGUUGCAAAGGUCUAGUCCUCUUAGAGACCUAUUCAUCACACUCAGGUGAUGCGCUUAAAAACUAUAUGCCAAAAUUCUUGAAUAUCGUAAAAGAGGUCACCGGCGAUCCAGCAUAUUCCAUGUUCAAUUUAUCAUUGCGUGAAGACUGGAGUACGACAAAGAAAUUCUGGCACCCUUUGCCUGAAGAAGUCACAGCCACUAAUGCCAGCAAAUCAAAACAAUCAAACGGCGUGUCGAAUGCGCAAUUGGUACUUAACGGUCAUGCCAAGGGUUAAUUAUGUGUAUGUAGCAUGCUGUAUGUCAUUGAGAACACCCUUUUAAAUAAUUUUAUAAACAUAACAGAUAUUUAUAUAAAUUUAUAGUACAUACUAUCCAAAUUCGAUGUCAUCGCUCACUCUCAUAUUUUGGAGGAAUUCACAUCAGAUUUAUUCAUAUAAAUGUUUUGCAAUUACAAUUGUUUAAGAAUAUACCUCCUAUGUGCAUCUAAUUGUUUACACCGUACUUUAUUGCUAAAACGAUUUUCUAAAAUGAACUCAGAAACACGAGCAUUAUUAACUAAUUCAAAGCGCUUUACUUAAAAUAUAUAUUCCUACAUACGAGUACUAUGUAUAGUAAUACAACAAGGCUAUACAGUAGUGAAUAUUUCAUUGUGGUUAUACGUUUUGGAGACUUUUCCGCAAAUUGCAAAUUAUGUGCUUUACUUAUUGACUCAUAAAAAUAUUUUGAAAAUUUUCACUUAAAACAAGGGCUGUACUGUAAAAGAAAAAUUAUGAAUAAUUCUAUAUUUGUGGUACUUAAAAAACACUCAACUAAUUUACACAUUUUGUUUCAUUUGUCAAACUUUUCAUAGCUGCGAACUAUAGUUUUAUUGUAAUUUUAUGUAUGUAGUUGUUGUAAGUUUUAGCUGAUAUCCAAGAACAGAGGAAGAAGAACUAAAACAAAGAUAAAAUUAAGUUGAAAGGACGAAUAGCAAAAAUGAUGUCGGCAUAAUAUUUAAUGCUACUUUGCUUAAGAAAAAUAUUUAUUAGAAUUUGUGAAAUAUCAGCCAUGCAUGUGUUAUACAUAUUAGCUCACCAAUUUGUUGUAUUUGGAUAUUUCAAGAUAUAAUCUUGGGAUAAAUCGAUAAAUUGUUAGAAACUUUCAUUAAAAAAAAAAAAAAACAAUUAAAUUUAUGCAAGAGUUUUCGAUUUGGUAAUUGAUAGAUAAAGCGUAGACCAUCAAAUAAAUUAUCGUUUUUUCUUAUGAUAUUUUAAUAUUGUUUAAGCUAUACAAAUGAUUAUUUCAAUGGAUGUACUAUUGUAUUUGUAACUUAAAAGGAUAAUAGUGUGAAAUAAUACCAUUCAUUGUUAUAUAAUAAGUCACAAGCAAAUAUUAGAAAAAAUGAAUAUACACAUAUUAAAACAAAAAGAAGAUUAAGAAACCAAAUUUAAAAAUUAUCUAAAACAAAACAAAAAAUUUAAAAUAAAAUAACUAGAUCACCGAGCUAAAAGAA